GAGCCUGCGGGCGGCGAGUCCGGUGGGCACCCCCGGGCAUCGCCUCAGGGCCACCAGCCAGAGUGGCCUUGCCACCGCCACCGAUGACCGGCUCAGCCUGACACCCACGGAGGGACACCCCACCACCCCGUCCUGAGUCGGCGAAGCGGGUGCUCGGCGGGACGGGGAGCAGAGGCAGGCAGUGGCUGCGGGGUGAGAUGGCGCGGCAGGCGCUGGCGCUGGCCCUCUGCCUCUCCAUGGCCGCGGUGGCAUCCGCCGACUGCAUGACCCAGUGCUCCCUCUGCGCAGCCCAGACCCGUGGCACCGAGAGCAGCAUCCAGCCCCUGAUGUGCCUGUGGGAAUGCCAGGGCUCCUCACCACCCGGCCCUGAGUGGGAGACCUGCAGGAAGGCGCUGGCACUCCUGGCCCCACUGGUGGCCCUGGCCGAAGGGCCAGACCCGUCCCCUCGGGAAGCAGAGGAGGGUGAGGAAGAGCUGGAGCAGGAGCUGGGUCCUGGGGAGCUGCCACCGGCGCCGGUCAAGCGCUACGGGGGCUUCAUGAAGAAGAUGAUGGCCAAGGGGAAGCUGCUCUCCCUGCUGCGUGAGAACGCCCACAGCAAGGGCGGCCUCAGCAAGAAAUUUGGGGGCUUCGGCCGCAAGCCAGGGGAGCGGGCGGCCCCCGAGGACUACCCGGGGCCAGGGCCAGCAGGUGAUGGGGACGAGGAGCCCACGGGUGCCGGGGCUGAGGGGCAGGAGCUGGCGGAGCUGCACAAGCGUUACGGUGGCUUCAUGCGCCGGAUCCGGCCCAAGCUCAAGUGGGACAAUCAGAAGCGCUACGGGGGCUUCCUGCGGCGGCAGUUCAAGGUGACCACGCGGUCGGAUGAGGACCCCAGCGCCUACUCAGGGGAGGUCUUGGACCUAUAGAGCCAGGUGUGGGACGGGUGGCACCACUGUCUCCAACGCUGCCAGCCCGGACCACGCCAUCACCCCCAUAUCCCCAUCCCCUGCCCAUCCCGGCGUGGCCAGAAUCAUCCCUGCCUCACCCCCCCAGGGGACCACGGGUCUCCAUCCCCAGUUUGUCCCUCUCUGGUUCACCUGCCCACCCCUUAGGGACCCUGUGCAUUGAGAGGACAGUGCCACCCUUCCAGCUGAUGGUGGUGUGGCUGUGGGUCCAGCCCCAGGGCUCCUGGGGGGGCAAAUGGAGGGGGGGGGACAUGUAUUCUCCACCUUCCCAUGGUGUGGAAGUGCAGCAGGGUCUGGAAACCAUCACAGCUGAUGUACAGGACAACGGUCUCUGAGCACCAGGAAGGAUGAGCCAGGGCAGGAUGAGUCCCUCUGGGCUGGUAGGUGGCCCGAGCAGCCAGCACGGCAGUGGGAGAGGCAGCGGGGCAGGGCUGGCACUGCGGCACCAUCACCGGGGUGGGCAGCUGGCUGAGCACAGCCCCGACACCCCUCCCCAAAUUCCACCUGUCCCAGCACCCGCCUGGUCCCUCCAGGCUUCCCCCUCAAAGAAGAACCCCCAAAGGCAGGGUCAGACCCCUCGCCCUGACCCCUGCUCCCCUCGCAGCCAAUAAAAGGCAGAUGCCAACGAA